UCGGUCGGUCGGUCGGUGGAGUGGAUGCGCGUUCCUUCUCUGCCCUCCGCAACAUUUUGAAGAAGUUGUUCUGCCCAAGUUCCUUGAUUCCUCAAGUGUUUCAGGUAUUUCUAGGAUUUGGAGCUUUUGUAAACUUUGCCUGAUUUGUGAAUUGUGGCUGAACUUUCAUUUAUAUCCCUUGAGCCAUCUACAAUUUCUACACAUUAAGAAGGCAGACUGGGGCUGUGGAAGAGAAUGAACCCCAGGAGUUUGAGAAAGGCUGAUAGGGAGAGAUAAGGAAAACAAUUUAGUUGCUGGAGAAGGAAAUAGAGAAGAUGAAAAAGUGAUGCUGGUGAUCAGAACAGCAAAAAAGUAUGGCACUCAUAUGGUAUAGAUGGUUAAGUAGGAGCUUCCAAUCACAAUCAGUUUCAAGGGCUCUCAGUACUUUAAAGGGUGAUUCCAGUCAACAAAUUAUAAAAUCUCCUCCUCUUCUUUCUCUUGACCUGCCUGAUAUAUGGACUUCCAACUCCAUGCAUUAUGAUCCUUUGGAUAUUGACAAAUAUUCCAAUGAAAGCAGAGCUAGAGUAAUUGAUGGGAAGUUGAUGGCUGAGAAAGUUACAACAGGAAUAGCUGGUGAAGUGAUUAGAAUGCAGGAGGCCAUUGGGAUGGUCCCUGGCCUGGCUGUAAUUUUGGUGGGUCAACGAAAGGACUCUGAAACCUAUGUCCGUAACAAAAGAAAAGCUUGUGAAGAAUCUGGUAUCAAUUUUUGGCUGACCAAACUGCCUGGGACUUGUACAGAACAUGAAAUUCAUGAGGCUUUGUCUAGCUAUAAUGAGAACCCAUCAGUUCAUGGUAUUCUUGUGCAGCUGCCUCUCCCACGUCAUUUGGAUGAGGAAAAGAUUUUGAAUGCGUUGAGCCUGGAAAAAGAUGUGGAUGGAUUUCAUCCGCUGAACAUGGGGAAUCUAGCCAUGACUGGAAGAGAGCCAUUGUUUAUUCCCUGCACUCCAAAAGGCUGCGUUGAGUUACUGCUAAGGUCUGACGUGGAAAUCAUGGGUAAGAAAGCUGUGGUGAUUGGAAGGAGCAACAUUGUCGGGUUACCUGUAUCUUUACUCUUGCAGAGGCACCAUGCAACGGUAAGCACGGUGCAUGCUCUCUCUAAGAACCCAGACCAGGUAACCCGUCAAGCUGACAUUGUGAUCACAGCGGCAGGUGUGCCCAAUCUAGUCCGUGGCACUUGGCUCAAGCUUGGUGCAGUUGUCAUUGAUGUUGGGACGUACCCUGUGAAGGAUCCUGACAGCCGUUGUGGUUACCGUCUCAUUGGAGAUGUUUGUUAUGAAGAAGCCGUGAAGGUGGCAUCAGCAAUAACCCCCGUGCCUGGGGGAGUUGGACCAAUGACAAUUGCUAUGCUGCUUGCCAACACGCUCGAGUCCGCCAAACGUGCAUACAGCUUUAGUUGACAUUCUCUUGUUUUGUUUUUCAGAUUCGCGUGAGUUUGAACUGCAUUGGCCAUACAAUGUUAAAGUUGGUUUUGAUUCGGUAGUUUUCAUUAAUUUACAUCAGAUAUGUGCUUUAUGUGGGGCGCCUUUCGACUUGAUUCUUGUAUUGCCUUAAUUUG